AUGUCGAAUUACUAUCCCCAGCAGCAACAGCAGCAGCAGGGCCCCUACGCCCCCUCGGGUCCCCAGAACCUCCAAUUCUACCCGUCGAGCUACUCCCCAGCACCAGGCGGCGGCGCCCAGGGUGGCUAUGGAUAUGGCGGUCCAAAUGCCGGUGCCAAUGCGCCCGGAGGCUUCACAUCUCCUGGCUUCGGAGGCCCCAGUGUGUCAGUGUCGGGCAGGAUGGGCGAUCAGGGUGGGCUGAGCACAGGCUGGCUGGCCGCUUUCUCCACGGAAGGCUAUGAUGGCGAACCUGCGCUGCUGGAAGAAUUGGGCGUCGACUUCAGGUUGAUGACAGAAAAGACUCUUGCUGUUCUCAACCCCUUCCGACCGAUCAACCAACACAUCAUGGACGACUCAGAUAUAGCCGGACCGCUCCUCUUCUUCUUCUUAUUCGGAACGUUCCUCCUCUUCUCCGGCAAAGUCCACUUCGGCUACAUAUACGGCCUCGCCCUCCUCGGCUCCUCCUCCCUCCACAUCAUCCUCUCCCUCAUGUCCCCGACCGAGGUCCAGCAGCAGCAGCAGGAGCCCCAGCAGUACCCCGACCACGGCGGCGGCGUGCCCGGCUCCCACGGCGGGCACUUCUCCUCGACCCUCACCUUCGGCCGCUCCGCCAGCGUCCUCGGGUACUGCCUCCUGCCCCUCGUCGUGACCUCCCUCAUCGGCGUCGUCAUGCCCAUGAACACCCUCUUCGGGCACCUCAUCACGUCCGCCUCCAUCCUGUGGUGCACGUACAGCGCGAGCGGCAUGUUCUGCGCCGUCGGGCGCAUGCGUGGGAUGCGCGUCCUGGUGGCCUACCCCCUGGCGCUCUUCUACAUUGGAUUCGGGCUCAUGUCCAUCUUCAGCAGCAGAGGCGUUGGAUCUCCACUACAGGCGAGCCCCUAA